AUGGAACUAGAGGCUUAUCAACUUAAAAUAUUCCAGGUUCUUGAAACGCAGACGGCGGCCAUUCGUGCAGAACUUGGCGAAGAGCACGAAUAUGAAUUUGUUGAUGGCACGGUGCCAUGGCCAAAAGCCAAAGAGCUUGGAGAUCUCUUUUCAGACGAAGAUGAAUAUUUCGCAUACUACGACCCUUUUGACGCUGAAAGCAUGCUGAAGGCCUUGUUCCAGUUGGAAGAAUAUAUUGAAGAAGAAGGACCUUUCGAUGCCGUAAUGGGGUUUUCACAUGGUGCUGCUCUAUCUUCCACCCUCCUCCUAGGUAGGGGAAUAGAGAGAGAAGGUUGGCAAAGUCCGUUCAAAUUAGCAGUGUUUCUCGCCGGGGGUGGGCCUCUGAGUUGGGAAGCCUUGCAUAAGAAUCAGACAAUUCGGCUUGAUCGAGACUACAAACUUUCACAAAUACGUAUACCAACAGCCCAUGUCUGGGCUCUGAAUGACGAGCUGGGUCCAUCAAUGAGUGGGGUUCUGGAGCAGCUCUGUACCCCCCACCUCCGUCAUGGCUAUGUUCAUAAUGAAGGCCACACUGUGCCCGGGACAAGAUCUCCCGAAACCCUACGAGGGGCUUUGAAGGCAAUCCAACGCGCUCUCCGGGAUGCACAAGCCAUUGCUGUUUGA